CUUUAAUCUUCACUGUUCCCUCUCUUCACUAUCUUCUUCCUUCUCAGAUCCUUUCGAUUUCCUUCACUAAUCUCUCUAAUUUUUCUUCUUCUCGGCUUCAUGAAGUUUUGAUUUGUGGCACGCUUCACGAGUGUGUGAUGGAUUCGGAAGAUAUCUUGUCUGUCAAUGCGAUUGACGAGGUUGCUCUUCAAAAGGGUGUUGUUAGGCAACUUCGGGUGUCUGAGGACGACAGUGGUAUUUCAGAUUAUGCGAAUGGGAAUGUUGAGAAAACCUCCGAGACUAAUUUGCAGAAUGAACAGGAUGAUAAUGGAAAAGCUGGGGAAGGAAGAGAAGAAGUGAAUGACUUUAUGGAUAGCAACGGAUUGAUUGAUUCAAUGGAAGGGGAAGUUAAAGAUAAUGUGAAGCAAACCAAGCCUCGUAAGGUUCAAGGCAAGACCAAGAACGAGAAGUCCUCUGGUCCCAAAAAAGUUUCUUCAGCUUUAGUGAAGAAAAGUAGAGAUGGAACAAGUGAAAAGGCAACUCCGACAGCUUCGAAUGGUGGUUCUCUUGCUUCAAAUUCACGUCCGAAACAACCUCUUCAAAGUAGAUCAGUUAAUGAAAAACAAGGCAAUGCAUCCAAGCAUUCUGAGAAAUCUGGUGCACCCUUCUCUGAAGGCACUAUGGAGGAACCCAAGCUGAAACCUCUGAAGGAAGGACCUAUUCAUAAAGCUGAAGGAGACACAGAGUCCUCAAGCCCCACGGAAGCUGAUGCCAAACCUCGUAGGUUUGGGACUCUUCCAAAUUAUGGUUUCAGUUUCAAGUGUGAUGAACGGGCUGAGAAAAGAAAAGAGUUCUACACUCAACUUGAGGAAAAGAUAAAUGCAAGAGAAGUAGAAAAGAGCAACUCUCAAGCAAAGUCCAAGGAAACUCAAGAAGCUGAGAUUAAGAUUUUUAGGAAGACUUUGAACUUUAAAGCAACCCCAAUGCCAAGCUUUUAUCAGGAACCUUCACCUCCUAAGGUGGAACUAAAGAAGAUACCAACAACAAGACCUAAAUCUCCAAAGCUUGGUCGGAAAAACGACUCAAUUCCUUUGGACUCUGAUGAUACCAACAAUAACAGUCACCAAUCGGGUCAGCUAAGUCUAGAUGAGAAAGCAUCUCAGAGCAUCUCUACCAAAGUAAUUUCUCCUGUCCUUGCCAAGAAGCCACUACGUAAAUCCCUUCCCAAACUGCCUUCUCAGAAGACUAGUUUAUCCAGUGCAAAAAACGAGGAUAAACCAUCUAAGGCAUCCGAUCAGGAAAAGGCAACUGCAUUGAAAGCAACCACUGCAGGGAAGAUAGCUUCAUCUAAAGCAUCUAGUGAGGAGAAUCCAACAUUAUCUGACGUGACAAAUGAAGAGUUAUCUCCAAUCCAACAGUGGGAGGCAGUUCCUACAGCUGAUUCGGGCGAAAGUAAGCUCAACAUUGACCGUGAACCAGUGUUUGGAGAGCAAGAACCGCCGGACAUUGUACAGGAGCCUAUUGCACUGGAGUACUACUAAAGCAUUGAGAUGGUUUUUAACUUUCUAAGUGGAUGUUCAUAAACAAAUCGCUCGACUUCAUUUUGCCUAAAUAAGGAUGUCUAAGGCUGAAUUGUUCGACGAUCAAGGUAUGAAAAACUCUACAUUGUGGCAUAUGAUGUUUUCUCCAUUCCUGUUUGCAGCACACGUACGUCGAUCUUUUACCAAAUUGUCAUCAUUAAUGUGCUUUAACGAUCGACUUAUUGAAUAUAUUUUGUAAAGCUCUGGAGUUGUUUUCCGCUGCCUCAUAUAAUCCGUGAUCAAUCAGGUGUAAAUUGGUAUUGUG